AUGUACAAGUUUGCUUUCUGUUUCUUUUCAGCAUUCAGUAUGGCUUCUCCAGCUCUACUUAUGCGUGUGGUCGCCUCUGCAUAUUCUGUUGCGGAAAAAGCUGCAAAAAUUGUUAGAAAUGUAAUGUCUGCAGGAGAUCUGGGGAUAGUGGAGAAGACCGGAGCCAAUGACUUGCAGACCAAAGCUGACCGACUGGUACAAAUGAGUAUUUGUGCUUCCCUGGCACGGAAGUUUCCCAAGGUGACAAUCAUAGGAGAAGAAGAACUGUCCUCUGAGGAGGUAACUGAGGAUUUAAUUGAAAACGGCCACUGUGAAGAAAUCCUGAAGAAAACUUGUCCUGCUCAGUACACAGGAAUUAAAGAGGAAGAGCUUGUAAUAUGGGUUGAUCCCUUGGAUGGAACCAAGGAGUACACUGAAGGUCUCCUCGACCACGUAACGGUUCUUAUUGGAAUUGCUUAUGGAGGCAAAGCAAUAGCGGGAGUUAUUAACCAGCCAUAUUACAACUACGAGGCAGGAGCGGAUGCUGUGUUGGGCAGGACAAUCUGGGGAGUCCUGGGCUUAGGUGCCUUUGGAUUUCAGCUCACAGAAGCACCUGCUGGGAAACACAUCAUCGUGACCACCCGUUCUCACAGCAGCACUCUGGUAAAUGACUGCAUCAGUGCCUUGAACCCAGACAGUGUCAUCAGAGUUGGAGGAGCAGGAAACAAGAUCAUUCAACUUAUAGAAGGCAAGGCAUCUGCUUAUGUAUUUGCCAGUCCUGGGUGCAAGAAAUGGGAUACGUGUGCACCUGAAGCUAUUCUGCAUGCUGUGGGAGGCAAGAUAACUGAUAUCCAUGGAAAUCCAUUUCAGUAUAACAAGGAAGUGAAACACAUGAAUUCAGCUGGGGUCCUUGCCACUUUGAGAAAUUAUGACUAUUAUGCCAGUCGUAUUCCUAACACUGUUAAACAAUCUCUCGUGCCUUAAAGGAGUAAAGCAUCUUCCCUUGGCCUGUAAGGCUGAGAAAGUGAACUUGUUGAAAAAGAAAGAAAGAAGAUAACUGAGCUUAAAAUUUUUGUUUAUAGAAUCUGAACUGAAUUCUUACAUUAAGGUGUUCAAUAAUUUCCAAAUUACAUACAGAAUCUCUAGAUAUAUGUUGGAUCAGAUUGUUUUGCUGUGUUUAGCAGACAACAUGAAAACAGUCACAUUUCUUUAAUAGUUUCCAUGUUCUUUGGGAAUAUUCAUUCUUCAUGACUGUGCUUAAUAUACUGCUAAUCAUAACACUACAGUCCAAAAAUCAUCUUAAUAUUCAGGGCACAAAAUCACAUUAAGUCAUUUACCUGAUCUCGCUCAAGUUUUUUGUUGUAUGUAGUCAGAAAGGGUUUAUUGUGUUAAAUGCAAAUGGACUAAGAAUUUGCCUGGAAAGAUUAGCCGAUUUAUUAUAAAAUUGACUGUUUUGAUUCUUAG